UCCGCACUGGUUCAUAAGAGCCUACUCAGCUAAAUAAUAAAUAAAUGUAUUACAAAAAAAAAUAAAUGUAUUGCUCACUGCUAGUCUGCGUUUUUAGUCUUAUUCACAUUGCUCUAUGCAGAAUUCAGAAUAGCUAUUGAAUGCUUGGGGUUGAAUUUGGUUGAGGUUUUUGGGAGAUUAUGGCGACUACAGUCCUUAUAAGCACCGGGAAUUCAAUUCCUUGCCAUUUCCUCUCACCAGGAAUCAAUCAUGUAAGGACAACUGAGGCAGUUUUACCCUUCCGGUUUGGGUUCUCAAGCUGCAAAAUUUCUUGCUUCAAGAAAAAAACUGGGUUUGUUUUAUUUGCUACAAAGGGAAUAUCUUUUGAUGACAAGUUGACCAUGAAUUAUUCCCAUCACAAUUGCUCCAUCAAGGGUAAUGGAGAACCGCUAACUAGUUCAAAGGCAAUUGAAAAGAACUUAGUGAAGAAGACGGGGAAGAAAGAGUAUCAUUUGUGGAAGAAAAAAGAUUCUGCGGGCUCGGGUCAGAAGGCGCUCAAUCUUAUUAGAAUUCUUUCUGUUCUUCCUAAUGAGAAAGAGGUUGUUUAUGGAGCGUUAAAUAAAUGGAUAGCUUGGGAGACGGAGUUUCCAUUGAUUGCAGCAGCUAAAGCUUUGAGAAUCCUGAGGAAGAGGAGUCAAUGGAAACGAGUGAUUCAAGUAGCAAAGUGGAUGUUGAGCAAAGGUCAAGGAACGACAAUGGGAACGUAUGACACUCUUCUACUAGCAUUUGACAUGGAUCAGAGGGUAGAUGAAGCUGAAUCAUUCUGGAACAUGAUUUUGCAUACACAUAAGCGUUCUAUCUCAAAGCGGCUAUUUUCGAGGAUGAUUGCAUUGUAUGAUCAUCAUGACGUGAAAGAUAAGAUAAUAGAGGUAUUUGCGGACAUGGAGGAACUGAGUGUAAGACUAGAUGAAGAUACUGUCAGGAGAGUGGCUUAUGCCUUCCAGAAACUUGGCCAAGAAGAGAAGAAAAAACUUCUUUUGAGAAAAUACCAGUGCAAAUGGAAGUACGUUCACUUUAAGGGUGAAAGGAUUAGAGUGAGAAGAGAUCCAUCGGCUGACAAUGGCAGAUUAACCAACUAAAAGUGAGUGCGCCGGUUGAACAGGCCGUAGAACUUACUUAUUGGGGAGAUCACCAGGAGAAAACUUUGUUCUUGCUGGAGAGGUAUGGUUGGCUUAAUCUCUUUUAUCAGCAUAAAACUGGUGGAUUCUUCUUGUAUAGACUUUAGCUGCUCUUUAGUUUUUAAGAUGAUUUUUCCCCCUUUCCUGACUGUAUACAAUCUCAUUAUUUUAUUUUACAUUAUUUGCAUGAAGGCUGUAAUUCACUUAGAGGUUAAGGCUGGUCCAUUUGAUUUUGGGAGUGAGAUUGGGAAAGUGCUUGUUGGUUGUAGUUGCAAAGAGGCAAUAGUUGUAGUAAUUACAGUGAAGUGUUGGAAAGUGCUGAUCAUGAUUCUAACAGACAUACAGACCUAUUUUAAGUGCACUCACUCACAGAUGCAGAAUUGGUCCGCUGAUUAAUGAAAAUCGACCUGAUGCAGGCUUU